ACGGCUGUAUAGAUAAUGCUUGUAUCAGUCGUUUUUGAGCAGCCGCAUCGAACGGUUUUUGGAGCGGCAUUUAAAUAUUUUUCAUAUUAUCAUUCAUUCAUCAAAAUGCGCGUCGUCAUCUUAUCAGCACUUUUACUAUUGCUUAAUCUCGGAUGGGUUAGAGCGUUCGACCACGAGACAAACACGACAAGAACUGGCAGCAAAUUGCCCAAUAUAAUCAUCAUAAUGGCCGACGAUAUGGGCUUCGACGAUCUGAGCAUACGCGGCGGACGUGAGUUUCUAACGCCCAAUAUUGAUGCACUGGCCUUCCAUGGACGUCUACUGGAUCGCCUCUAUGCGCCGGCCAUGUGCACUCCAUCUCGCGGCGCACUGCUAAGUGGAAAAUACCCAAUACACACAGGCACGCAGCAUUUUGUAAUUAGCAAUCAGGAGCCCUGGUCCUUGAAGUUGAACACCACGUUGAUGCCCGAGAUCUUUCGGGCGGCGGGCUACUCAACGAAUCUGGUGGGCAAAUGGCAUUUGGGCUUCGCCAGGCCGGAGUUCACGCCCACGCAUCGAGGCUUCGAUUAUCAUUAUGGCUAUUGGGGUGCAUACAUUGAUUACUAUCAGCGCCGCUCGCAGAUGCCGGACAAGACUUACAUAAUGGGCUAUGAUUUUAGGCGAAACAUGGAGGUGGAGUGUGCAGAUCGUGGCGUUUAUGUGACGGAUCUGUUGACCAAUGAGGCGGAGCGUGUGAUACAAGAGACUGCUGCUAAGCAGCAGCCGCUAUUCCUCAUGAUCAAUCACCUGGCCGUGCACACGGGCAACGACAAUGAUCCACUGCAGGUGCCCGAGGAGGAGCUGCAAAAGUUCACCCACAUCAAGGAUCCGAAUCACAGGAAAUAUGCAGCUAUGGUUUCGAAGCUGGAUCAGAGCGUGGGUCGUGUGAUAGGCGCAUUGGCGCGUGCCGAUCAGCUGGAGAACAGCAUUGUGAUCUUCUACUCAGACAAUGGGGCGCCUUCGGUGGGCAUGUUCGCCAACACGGGCUCCAAUUGGCCGCUCAAGGGUCAGAAGAAUUCACCCUGGGAGGGUGGCUUGCGAGUGGCCGGCGCUAUCUGGAGUCCCUUGCUCAAAGCGCGCAGCAGUGUAUUCACGCAGCCGAUUUAUGUUGGAGAUUUCCUGCCCACAUUGGCGCAUGCUGCAGGCAUAGAGCUGCCCGACUCGUUGCAGCUGGAUGGCAUUGAUUUGUGGCCCCAGUUGUCGGGCCCAAAAGAAGCACCACAUGUGCCACGCGAAAUUUUGCACAGUCUCGACGAUGUGUGGAGCAUGAGCUCGCUGCUGUUGGGUCAUUGGAAGUAUGUGAACGGAACAACCUUGGCGGGACAGUACGAUCAGCAACUGACGCAGCGUGAACUCGAUGACCUUGAUCCUCGCGCCAGUCGUUAUGUGGUGGAGGUCCGCAAUUCGCUUGCCUCGAGAGCACUUGCCCGCUUUGACCAGCAACGCCUUACGCAGCAUCGCAUGAAAAACAUUAUGAUAGACGCUAAGGUCGAUUGCGGCGAUAUGCAGCGCGGUUGCAAUGCCCUCUUGGAGGAAUGUCUGUACGACAUAAGCGUCGACCCGUGUGAGCGCAACAAUCUUGCUUAUUCAGAGCAACAUGCGGAUAUACUGGCAACGAUGCGCCAACGUAUCAAGCAGCUGCGUGCUGGAGCUCUUCCAAUACAAAAUCUCCCGGGCGUCCCCUAUGCAAAUCCUACCUUGCAUGAGUGUACAUGGGAUCUGUUUGAAGUCAAGAAACCUGGUUCAGUGCCGUUGGAGUGUGAUUUGCAUGGUAUUCCUUGCAGCGCCCAAAUUUAACGGUUAGUGUCGAUACCGAUUCCCAGCUCGUUUGACUAUCGAAUAUCUAGCAACAGUGUCAGUGUGGCAACGCUGUAGAUUUUUGA